AUGGAGAGAUCGGCGUCGGUGGGUAUCAACGACGGCCGAUUUGGUGGCAGCCACUUCUAUUCUCCAUCAUUCUCUUCUUCUUCUUCUUCUUCUUCCAUGAGACAUGUUAAUUACAGUUGUGGAUCAUGUGGGUACGAACUGAACCUGAGCUCCACGAAUCGAAUCACAUCAUCAAUCGGAUCAAAGUACGGGAAAUCAAUGAAGAGUGGAAUCAUAUCGUUCUUCAACAUCGACGAGGCAAGAUUCAGUCAGGUCGAUGAGUUCCAAUGCAUGCCUCACUUCUCAAGAUACUCUUGGGGGUUGUUCAGACGCAGAACUAAGCUUCUCUGUCGCAAAUGUAAUAACUAUAUUGGCAAUGCUUCUGAGGAGAAGACUCCUCAGUACGCACUCGUAACACAAAACUCAAAUUCUACAUCUCCCAAGAACGGUGUCACUGGUACUGUUAUGAAGUAUGAUAUCAAGAUUCGCUCGCUUCAACCUUCUUCUGCUGUUGCGUCACUGUGA